AUGGGUGAUACAGGCCCUCAGGGUGACAAAGGAGAUUCUGGGCCUCAAGGACCACAAGGAAUUAAAGGAGAAACAGGACCACAGGGAGCUCAAGGAGCGGGAAACUUCAGCCAGUGUAGUUAUAAAGAGUACCAAGGAAUUACGGUUUCGCCUGGUAGUGUUGCAACUGCUGAAGCCGAAGUUCUUGAGACAGCGGUUAGUCAUUUCAUUUCUUUAACCUUUUCAAAUACAUUUAACAUUUGCAACGUGUGUAGCGUUGAAGACUAUGAGUAGUUCCUUAUUUCAUCGGGAAUAAUAGAACGACUAAUGAUACGCAUGCGCGCAUGAAAAAUGACAGGGAAGGUAACGGGCAGGGGAAGUGUCUCUCUCCUCUCCCGCGCAACGCCUUUCUUUUGUGGGCGGGGAUUUUUACGGGCGGUCGCGUAUUUCGCUCGCUAUGCUAUGCCAGAGGAAACAAUAACGCUCUUAAUAACGUUGAGUCUCGCUUGCUUGGAGACAAGAUAAGAAAUAAUGAGGCGAUUAGACCGCGAGCGGUAGUCCUUCUUUCCCAGUGCCACCCGCGGCGAACGGAAAAGUAAAAUUAUGUUCUCAACCUACUGUGACUCAAGGAAAAAUAAGAGACUGCUGGCAGUUUAGGAAGUGAUUAAUUCUACACGAAACAGGAUUUCCUCGCUGACGGUCGAGUCAUUCUUCAGGACCGGAUAUUUACUUUUAAUAGCGUAUUCGACGAUUUGUUUCUGAAUUGAUUAGAAAGCGUGUGUAAAUACAGUAGAACCUCGAUAACUCGAGUUCCCCACUAACUCGAACUGGUUUUCGUUUCAUUUCAGAGUUUGAGUUAUCAGGGUUCUACUGUACACGAAAAUCAAGGAAACGUGAUAAACAUGGCGCGAAUUGUCGCCGAAAAUGCUCAUCACAAGACGCAUUGGCAUACAAUGAAAGCUUACAACACCCGCCCAGUUAGCCUCACCAUAUAGAAGUUUUGCUCAUUAAGAUUUUCUUCUUUUUUUUUUUCGACCACUGGAGUAAUCACUUGUUUCAAAGUAAUUAUCAACGCUUUCAAGCAAUAGAAUUCGUGGACCGACCCAUUGCGGAAAGGCUUCGAAACGUUCUAUUCCAUGCAUUGCUAAUUCCUCAAGCCACGAUUCUUAUCCUCAGUUUCCACGGUCUUCGCUAAAAACGCCUGGGACCGUGACCCCUUUUGGCACGCACACACGAUAAAGAAAAAGAGAAAAGAAACGCCUUGCUAAAGCAAGCGAGACUAAUAAGGAACUCCCUUCGCCUACUCUGGUGGUAUGGUGAUUCGCAAUGCUUCCUUGUUUUUCUUAGAAGCCAGUUCUCUAAGCGUAGUUGUUACAUAUAUUCCAUCCCAAUAUCGAAUACUCAAAUGUGAAUACCAACAAACAAAACUUAAUGACGCAAUCUGACUACCAAACAAUACAGGGAAGGUAACUAAGUCAACCUUUUCGGCGUCUGUGUAACGAACAAUAUACCUGACAAAAACAGUAAGGUUAUAUAUUUUAGCUAUUUACUCAAUUAUGAAUCCAUUGAAAAUAUUAAAAGUUUGAGGUCACAGCUUAUUUUAGUUUUAGUUGUAGUAAUAUUCUAAUAUGUAAUUGUGAAAUAAAAAUUGCAGACUCACAGGCGGACUCGCUCAUGUACGGUUACAAUGUUGGACUUUAAGUGUUGUUUAUAUGACGCACAUUUUAUACUGUAUUCAACUCUUGUAAAUUUUGUUGUUAUUAUUAUUAUCAUUAUUGUUGUUGUUGUUGUUGUUUGAAUAAUCACAUUUUCUCCUGUAAUUUUUUUCUUGGUGUGUAGGGCAAGAAAAUUCUGGGCGUUUCCUGCUCUACAAACAACGCUAAAGAGUACAAUCUACAAAGGGUACAAGUUGGACAACAAUACAAGUAUCUUUGUACCUGCAAGGGUCAAUCAUCCUUAUUUUCGGGCAGUACAAUGUGGUGCAAAGUUCACUACUGGGAAUGCCCUCUAACUACAUAG